CUGAUAUUGAAUAUGAUGCCAGUGCUUUUCCCGUGGUGAAACGCCACCGCUGGUGGUGCACGUGCAUGUGAUUGAUUUCACCCUUACUUCGAGCUGUAAGAGAUGGAGUACGAAGAGCCGCCGCCGCAAGCGAGGGCUGCACUUUCCUCGCGCAAAAUGGAGCUCAGUCACUCCGUAAGAGCGUUCCGUCUCACUGGUGACACUAGCACCGUCGUCUCUCCUUCGUUUUCAUCUUCACCCUCUGCUGCGUGCAGUCGUCUCGAAGAUGAUGAAGAUGAAGAGUUUUUACGUCGUGCCCGUCCGCUUUCUGGAGAUGACUUCGAAUCGAAGGGGGCGAGAAAUGACCGCCUUGUCAUGGGGGGAAGCUCCGCUUCGAGGACAUCAAAAGGACUUGCUCUGUCUCAAAGUCAAGGUCCGUCUAUCCUCGUACAUGAUAAAGCCUUAGAGGAAGGCUCACAUUACAUGGUGCCAGAGCCGAUGACCUUGACACCAGAAGGACAAGGACCGGAGAAGGAAGCUCAGAAGGAGGAAGGAAGAGGCGAAAAGAGUGCUCGACUGCCACGACAAUACUGGUUGGACUGGUGCCGCACCCAAUCGGUGUGGAACGUGGUGUGUGGACACGUGUGGUGGACGGUCAGUGAUGUUAUGCAGAAAAGGAAAAACUCGUUUGAUUUUUGUUCUUCGUCAUGAUUUCAGGUGCAAGGGUGUAGUAGUUUAUCAAACUCGUAUUCUUAAUAAGAAUUUAUUCGUUCUCUUCGCUUGUUGGGGCUUACUGGAAGUUUUUCUUCACCUUGCUUCAUACUCAAAACGCAAUAUCGAGAAAGCGGAAACGAGCGAUACUCAUUGCCAGAUAUCGGAAACAAUAAGGUGAACGUGGUGGCAAAGGAUGAAAUAGCGGACCGCGUAUACCGUAACAAUCAGUUGUUUUCCAACGUGUUCCUCGUUUUUACAAAUAUGUCUCCGGAGAAAGCGCGCGCUAGGGAAAACAGCAAUAUGUGGGAAUACAUCGUCGAGCAGGGCACAUUGCACACAAUACUUAAGGCUACAUGAUACCUCAAUCGUCUCCGAACAAGUAGAGCAUGCUUAGUAAUCCAAAAGUACAACAGUACCGACGACUACAACUAGCUUUAUAUAUGUGUGUAAUCCUAAUCUUCAACAUUCAUGCCCUAGGUCUAUACUUUGUCGACGCAUCCAUCUUCCAAUGUAAUUAUAAUUUUUGUUUUCCGUAGCUGGGGCUUUUUGAGUGAUCACCUCAUUGCUUUCGUGAUCAUUCCUACGACCUCUAAUGUAGCGUUGUUCUUUCUGUUGUCUGGGUAUAUCUCGGCACUCGGUAGCGCGCGGCACGGACAAAAGACAGACGCGAGCAAACAUGCGUCGGAAAAACUGGAAGCAUAUUUGGGAGACGGAGCAGAGCCAGGGCAAUCAACAAAGGGGUCUUCAGGAGAACCACGAGUUCAAAAAUGGAAGAGCACGAUUAUAGACGGCUUGGCGACUGCGUUCCUGAACCCUGCACGUGGUGUUUCAACACCUAGCCCUGAAGGACAGGAAUCCUCGAUGGAAACUAGUUCCGUCGGUGAGGCCUUUUUCCCCACCUUUACGUGGCGCCGGUUUCAGAGACUGAUUUUUCCUUUUAUCUUCGGGACAGUUUGCUGCGUGAUUCCACGAGCCUUGAUGUUGAAUGACCUGGGUGCGCUCACGGUGGUGCAAUCAGAGAUGUAUUUUUAUGGCUACUUAUACUAAAAAGUAUCGUCCUGUCAACUUGAUGAUCACUUUUUUUCCUGACGCAGCACGAUGAACGUGGUCUUUGGGUCGGUAGGUCCCGAGUAAGAGGAUCCUUCUGCGUUCAUACUGCGUGGCAGGCACUGAGACUCACUGACUAAGAAAGUCAAUGGAUCGACGUACAAAAGCGCUAAUUUUCCCUGUACACGCUGUGGGGCUUCGCAUCAAUGAACUACGCGUGGUGUCAGUAUGGUCAAUACUACAAAGCGCUCUUUGAGCUUCUUUUUGUGCAGAAUUUAGCGAAGGGAGAACAACCCAGUGGAGGGGAACAGGGUAUUUCUUGGUUUGACGACGUCUAAAAUGUCAUAGUCUUGAGUAUAUUAACGUCUUGUGGUAGAUAUGGUUUGAUUCAGAUCAAAGUGAAGUUUCGACGGCUUUCUUGAGUGAUGAUGUGCUUCCCUAAUAACAUUUCAGUAUUGACAAAUCGUAGGUUCUCUCGAGUCUGCCGCUUACGUAAAUGCUAGGACAGCUUUCCUCGCAAAAUGGUGCUGCAUAUACGGACUCGUGGCGAUCAUGAUCAAUUGGAGCAUUCCGUUUCUUUGUAGCGCUAUUUUCAGUGACGACGAUUUGCAGUCCUGGUGGUAUCUUUCUCUGGGUCUCACCUGUACUCUAUGCAUGAUGCUACAGGGCGUGGCGCUCAUUCUGCUGCGGUCUCAACUGAGUGCCAGUGCUUCAAGUAGGGCCUCUCCUGCUUCUGGAAGCUCUUCUGCGGCAGUAUCAUCUUCGGAAACUGCGAAGAAGGGCCAAGAACCAGAUCAGAAAACAAGAAAGGUGUCGUCAGUAGAGAAGAAAUUGCCAUCGACCGGCGUUCUUGUUGCACAGGGAUGCCUUUUUUCUUCGGUCAUGCUGUUUAUACCUAUGACGUUCGUCCUCGCAGAUCCUAAGUUGAAAGUCGAUGACGAAUGGGAGUGGCUCAGUUGCAACAUGUGGCUCGUUUUCAUGCUCUUCGAGUUUCUUUACAUGUUUGGCUAUUUUUUAGGCCUUUUUCAAAGUCACAUCGCUUUUCUGCGACGUACGCUGUUUCCGCCACAUACGUUUGGAGUAGUACUGCUUCUGGCGAGUGCGGUAUGGCCAAUCUUUACCUACUGGGGUGCCAGGACAGCCAGACGCAUCGGUCCGUGGAUAUCCUUCUACGACGAGCAACAGCGGCUCCUCGGACUUAUGCGUGCUUGGGCAUGGAUGGGCGCACUUGCAGGUAAGAUACCGUACUCGAUACUGUACUUUUUGCUAAUGUAGUGAGACGUGAUGUGCAUGAUGUGACAACCCGAGAUUGAACAUCCAUAUUCUUGUACUUCUUCUCGGCAAGAAUGUCACCUGGAAGUGCUGUGCUACGUGACAACCCCAAUCAGCAACAACUCAUUGCGCACUUUCACGUUCAACCACUACACCCUCAUCCUCAAGUAGAGCAGUCUGGGAAACCAGAAAGAGAAAAGUCAAAGUUUUCUUCAGAAAAAGAAUUUCCUUAUACACUGCACUGUUUCCUUUUUACACCUUUUUUUCUCAAGCCUUAGUCCCUCUGGCACGACUUAUCUCACGCUUUACUCGUCAUUAAUAUGCCAGGUUUCGCUUAUUUUUUCUGCAAUGGUCCGGUGCAUCCAUGGAUUCAUAGACACUUGACGCAGUCUGCGAUGAUUGUAUACAUGUUUCAUCGGCUGCUGGAGCACCUCUGGCUUGAAGUCUUGCUUGGGCAUGGUGAGGAGCGCGGUGCGGUAACCUGGUCAUGCAUUACCCUGGUACUGCUUUCCUGCUUCGCUAUUUACGCCAUACUGAACACAAACUUUGUCACUCGAAAAAUGUUCGGAAUUGAUAGCGUCAAGUAA